CAAGAACUUACCAACUUAUGAUUAUUGACUUUUCAUUGAACGAACAGGAAUUUGGUAACCGGAAUGAGAUUCGGAUUCAAUUAAGUCAUCGCUAACCAAUGACAUUAGGAGCUUAUUCAAUAUAUCACCAUACCUUAGUCGCAUUGCUUUCCAUUUUCCUCCGAAAUUGUUUAUUAGCAGUCCUUUCUUUUCGUUCCGUCAGCAUCCAGUUCUUGGUAAGUGGACAACACAUCUCUUUCCUCUCGUAUUAUUAUUAUACAGUCGAACCUCCAUGUGCGACCACCGUCUUUCGCAUUUUGUAACACUGAAUUCCUGCUAGCUGAAAAUCCUUGGGGUAGCUUUUUCGGACAAAUAUUGGCCUUAUUAGGUACCUGUAUUUGACAAAUGAUUUGACAUGAAUUAGCUUAACUUAGAAAAGGGUCGUCUUUUCACAAGAGGACCCUAAAGGUGUCAAAAAGAAACUAGGCCUUAGGUCCUUGGAACGAAGAGGAAUUCGCUUUAUUAUAUACAUACUGAGAAAUACUCACCAAAAAGCUAUGUCGUAAAUUUUCGUACGCAAAUUAGUUAUAGCCAAUCAGAGGAGCGAACGAUGGUUUCCACACGUGAAAAAAACGAUACGUCCAAUCAGAAUCGCGAACGAUGUUUUUUCACGUGUGAGAAAAAUGAUACGUCCAAUCAGAAGCCACAGAGGUGUAGGAGUUUCGCGCCAAAAUUCCCGCCUUUUAUUGCAGCUUGCAGCGCCGCUUCGCACUCAUUUAUCAACGAGAAAAGUUUUACUCAAGGAGUUUUUCUCGCUAAAAAAGUGAAAAACAUUUCGGAAAUGGGUGGAAUAGUUUCGUUUGUUUCACUGUCGAUAAAAAAUACGGUAGAGAGCCGGUGAAACAACAGCGGAAAGGGAUAAACAGAACGAGACGUAAGCUUUUGUUGUGCUUUUUGUCGGAGCUACUUUGCCUUUCAUUUAAGCUUAAGCUUAUAUUGAAACCGGCCAUUUUACUUAAAUUCACUCAUUUUCAAUUGUGCAUUGAGAACAAACAGUUAAGAUUACUUAUAGUUCUUGGAUUAAACCUCAUAUCCUCACCGUCAUUUAUGUUUUUAACAAACGUUUUUACUAAAAAGCUGAUACUUCGUUUUCGUUGUCAUUUUGCGGUAAGUGUGUAGCGGCAAAUUUUAGCAUUUUUGAAAGAUUUAAAAUAAAAAGGCCCGCAAAAUGAUGAAUGACUCAGUAUGUAUAUAAUAAACACAAUACCACAUGGAAAGUGCUUUGUACGGUAUUUACGCACUCGUUGUUUUUGUAUCAGAAAUCUUACUCGUUCGCUGCGCUCACUCGUUCGAUUUCUGAUACGUCAACAACUCGUGCGUAAAUACCGUACGCCAGCACUUUCCAUGAAGUAUUCUCUAUUCCCAUAUCCUCUCUUUUUACCGGACCUUUUUACAAGGGCCGGCCCGGUAUGAGAUGUUAGUAUAAGUUCGGGUAGUACAGUAAACAUGUUCAGAACGGAAAAAAAACUGUUAAGUAUUUAAAAUUGGAAAAAUUAAAGUUGACCCUGAUUAUGUAUUGCUUAUUCCAGUACGACUUUCUUUUAUCAGAUCUUGGUGUUUGACACUGACCUUAUUGGUACAAAAGCAACAUGGAGCAGUCUUUGGUAUUCAUUCCACUGCUACUUUUGGCCGUCAUUAGCGUAGGCAACGCGGAAAGAGCCGAGGUAAAAAUAUAAAAUAUUAAAUUUCCUUUCUUACGUUGAGGGUCCCUUAAAAGGCGUUAGUGAAAGCGUUGGAUGGAAGUAAUAUCCUUGAUAGUAAGAAACAUUGCAAGCAAAAAACGGAUUUGAAAAGUAGGCAGUCACUUUAAUUCUUAACCACAUCCGACGUUAAAUGCAUGAAGGCACCAACAAAGGGCAAAGUCAAGUGUGACGAGCUUUUAAGAUAGUACAAAGAUUGUACCACGGUCACUUCAAGUUUUAAAAAUGUAAUUAACGGGGAAGCGCGAAGAAAGCUUGAGGUUUAUAUUCCAAACAAGACUUCAAGUCCUAUGAUAGCCCCGGAAAUGACGAAAAGAAGUCAAUUUUCAACUUUGCAAACACCGUAUAGAAGUGAACAAUAGCGCCUUAAAGUAGUCUUAACUUUUCACUCAUCAUACUGCCGGUUACUGUCAAUCAGAAAUUAAAUAUCACGGCUCUGUAAUAAAUCAAAUGCUUUUAAUAUCACCAUAUACAAUAGAACCCCGACAAUUUGGACUACUCGGAUAACUCGAGUUCUUCGCUAACUUGAAGUAAGUCCAGUUUCCCUUGGAUUACACCCCAUUUUUCAGUCAUUUUUACUCGGUUAUAUUUAACUCGAACUCGGAUAACUCGAAUCCCCCCUAACUCGACUGAACUAAAUGUCCUUUCCCUUGAUCAAAAAUUCACUGAAAAUCACCCCGAUAACUCGAAUUCUGGUUCUUGUACCUCCACUCGUGUAUCAUGCACCCAUUAGCUCUUCUUUUUGUAAAAGCAAUAAAACUAACACUGGUCAGUGGUCAACACUACAGCAAUCCUCCAGCCAAUCCUUCGUCAUCUGACUCACAUUGUUACCAGCCGUUGUUAUACAGACGAACCCCUGUAACUCGAACUCUGAAGGGAAACGAAAAACAUUUCGAGAAAGAAAAGGCUGGGGUUAUCGGGGUCGAUUGGAAAAUUCAUUUUGCAGUCGUGAAAAGUGAUGAUUACUGAUUUUUCAGCUCUUCAGUGUAUAGUGUAGUGCAAAUUUAACUUAUUUCAUCAGAAACGGUAACAUGAUCAGGCCUUUUUUUAUAAAACGGGACCUGUUCGUUGCACCAAUUAAAAGUCAAAUUUAAACUAAAGCCAAUCAGAAACGGUGAGUUAUUUUGAAUGAAUGAUAAAUUAACAUAAUUAAGAUCUGUUGGAAAUAUCUCCAAAUUUCUCAUCAUAUUUAACAUUAUAUUUUACACAGAGACGGUGGUUUUGUCAUCGUGGUCCCCCUGGCCACCGUGGACCGCCAGGACAUAAAGGACAUCCGGUCCUCGUGGUUUCCCUGGUCCGCGGGGUCCUCCUGGCAUCCCUGGAUCUUCAGGAAAUAAACGACGAUGGAAGCAGUGCGUUAAAAAGACGUUGGAACAAUUAAAGUAAGAGCAACAGCAACUCUUUUUUUUGCAAGAAGCAGUAUUUUAGAGGAAGGAUGACCGCCGGGUAGAGUGCUAGUCUUGCAAUCCGGAGGCCUUAAGUUCAAGUCCCGCUCUGACCGCUAGCUGGAUUUGUUUACUGUAGUCUAGAGGUCGAAUCCUCGGCCAUGCUACUAGUGAAAUAGCGAACUGGUUCGAUCGCCUGCUACUAGUUGGGUUUCUUAACUGUGUUGUGUUCUAUGUUUCAUUAUCCCCGGAAAGCCCCAUAUUAUAAUAAAGAAUGUAUUUUAUUGAUUUGAUAAGGACCUAUCUCGUGUAGAGGGUAGCUGGAAUACGCAAACAUCAGCUAGUUUUCCUGCCUUUGGGAUAAUAAAAACGACGAUAAUUAGAAAGUUUUAAAGCUAAAAAAAAAACCCUGAUACCAUGGGGCGUCUAUCCGCUGCUACUGAGUGUCACAGAACGAAAAAUGUCCACACGAAAUUCGUUCUGAGAGUCAGUUUAACCCUUCGAUGACUGCUUUGGUCGUUUUCGUUCCAUGUGGACCGAUGCAUAUCUUCCUUCAUACACCCAUUUAGCUUUCGGUUUAAGUUAAUAAAUUGGUACGCAACAACGUCAGCAAAGAUAGAUCUUUUCAGCGAUUCCUCGUUUUAGCUUCUGACCUAUCCUGACCGAGUCACAAUCACAAAAAGAGGUAACAUUUUGGGGAAAAUCCACUGCCAAUUUUGCUGUUUACAUACUACUCUUUGGAAAUUAAAUUUGUCCCUUUCUUAAAAAGUUAGCUAGCCACAAUUCCAUGCAAAAGAAAGACGAUAAAGAAGGCAACAAAAUCGCUGAUAAAGAGGAAAGGCAAAGGAAAAUAAGAGAGUGAGGAGAAAGAUCGAAAGAGAUUCGCAAAAAAAUCUAAGUUUUCGCUUUUGCGCAUGUGAAAAACAAAAAAUCUGUUUGAUUACGUGAGAUUAGUCAGAAAAUAUGCCUUCUUUCUUGCAAAACCCAUUUUUAGCAAUUCUUAUGCUCAUUUCAGUGAGUGAUCUGUUUUUCAUGAAAUUUUGCCCAUCUCGGUCCGAAAAUAAAAAUUGGUUGAAAUUAUACAGUAACCAAGGGCGCUUUCCAUUUGUCUGAACUGGCCGGCCAGACCCUUUCCGAUGUAAUGGGAAUUUCACUAUUAAUUAAAAAUAUCUAGCCAGAAAUAGUGCAGGAAGAAGGUGGUUUUCCGGGAAAAAUCCGAUUUCAUUGUCAAAAUGACUGGUCCGGUUCUGACAAAUGGAAAGCGGCAUUUGUACUCCGACUAAAAUGCUGAAGAUCCUCCUGAACGGCCAUUUUUAGCAAAAUUACUCAUUUUUCCUUUAGAUAGAAAUAGUGAUAGAAAGUAAGGACUGACUCCUGCUUAAUUUCCAUUAUGCCAUUAGGUCUGCGACUUCGUGAAAGAAAAAAAGGAUUCCUUCCUUCGGGUUGUGUACGUAGGGAAUAUUGGCUGCACCCAUUGCUGCAAAAGAUUUUUCUUUACUUUCAAUGGUGAGGAGUGCAAAGACCCAGCUGCAGUUGAUGGUGCCUUCGAUCAUACUCCUAAGGAACUGAGCAUUCGACCUGCUAACAUAGAGGGUUACUGUGGUAGUAUCGCCAAUGGUAAAGUGAAAGUUGAGUUUCGUGUUCGUGAUUGUGAUAAAGGGAGCGACAACCAGCUACCUUUUCUGCAAAAAAAAAGUUCAGGUCAGCAGGAUCAUUGUUGAAGAAGUGGACAAACCUCAGGCACCCCAUUAAAAAUUAGUCGCCUUCUAGUCAGAAUCUCUAGUUAGAGGUGCUAUCAAGAAAAUAGUUUUUCAUUACACUGGACAAGGGUAACGAAAGCUUGAAGAAGAGAUUGGUUCAGUUAAAAGCUUGUGUGCUGCAACUUACGCUAUCCUGGGUGUAGAGAUUAAAGAAUGUGUUAUUAAAGCUGAAUAAACUGUGAAUUGUGGAAAUUAAUUACUGUUUGUAAAUAGAUUAAAAUUUAUCGAGUGUCUGAGUACUUGUGCAGCUAUCAAAGUGAGCGACAGUAAAGCCUGUUGUUG